ACUCAACAGGGUAAGAGGAAGAGGUUCGAGGUAAAGGGGUUCUGAAGGCACAGUUCUUGGAACUAGUAAGGCUCCUUGGGAGAAAUGCAGGGAGAGGGGAGCAGGCCUGGGAACAAGGUGGAAUGCUCAGCAGACAGACUUGCCAGACCCAAGGACCCAGAGAAUAUGAGGACAGGUGGGCAGGGAAGCAGCUUAGUCGUCGGUGGAUAUGGAAGCCAUGCAGCUCAUGGGUUUCAAGGGUCCCAGCCUCUCGCAGCUUGCGACUCCCCGGGGUCCUGCCUUCCGGGCUAGCGGGUCCCCUCCCUCCCUAGGGAGGUGGCUGAGGUGUCUGCGACGCUGCCGCCGUGAGUCAGGCUCUGGCUGCAGCCGCGGCUGGCCUGGCGCUGCGGAGCGCGCGCGGGCAGCGGGGGAGGCAGCGGCGCCAGCACCACUCGCUCCCCGCCCCCAAGGUUGGGCCGCUGGGACGCUCAGCGGACAGACAGCGGCCCGGGACAGCGGAAGGACGCGCGCUCCGAGGCUCAGGGGUCUGACCCGCUUGCCGCCCAGUCGCCAGUAGGCCCAGGGCCCCAGCCAGUGCCCAGCCCUGCUGGGAGCCCCGGCCAGCACCACGGACGGCACCCAGGAAGCCCGAGUCCCCCUGGACGGGGCCUUCUGGAUUCCCAGGCCACCAGCAGGUUCACCCAAGGGCUGCUUCGCCUGUGUGUCCAAGCCUCCCGCCCUGCAGGCCGCAGCGGCCCCAGCUCCUGAGCCCUCAGCCUCGCCCCCCAUGGCACCCACUCUGUUUCCUAUGGAGUCCAAAAGCAGCAAGACUGACAGCGUUCGGGCAUCGGGUGUCCCCCAGGCCUGCAAGCACUUAGCUGAGAAGAAGACCAUGACCAACCCUACAACAGUCAUUGAGGUCUACCCAGACACCGCAGAAGUGAACGACUACUAUCUGUGGUCCAUCUUCAACUUCGUCUACCUCAACUUCUGCUGUCUGGGCUUCAUUGCUCUGGCCUACUCCCUCAAAGUUAGGGACAAGAAGCUCCUGAAUGACCUGAAUGGGGCUGUGGAGGAUGCCAAGACAGCACGACUGUUUAACAUCACCAGUUCCGCACUGGCAGCCUCCUGCAUCAUCCUCAUCUUCAUUUUCCUGCGGUACCCGCUCACUGACUACUGAGCCCAGCAGGCAACGGUCUUGGAGACACAGCAGAGACUGAUGGCCACUGAGAUUCAGGAUGCUGAGAAUGUGAGGCAGAAUGGGCUUCCACCAAGGCCCAGAGCCAUGCAUGGCAGCAAGGCCACCAGAAGCUGAGUGCCCAAUGGAGUGGAGCACUCCUCCCAGCCACCCUAUCUGCUGCCUGCCCCUGUCCUGCUGGCACUGGGUCUCUGGGCUUCCUCCCACAAUGCUGUCUGGUUGCCAGUGGCUGCCCUCCCUGACCCAUGCACCCUGCCCAGGCUCCUGGACCCCUCAGACCUGACACCCAGCAAGAAGGGCUUACAUGGGAGCUCCCCAGAUGGGGGCUGCCAGCACCUGGGGUUCCCUUAUUCCUGACCCUCAACUUCCUCCAAGCUGCAACCCCUGCUCCAAGCUCCUGUAUCUGUGAACUUUCAUUAAAACAUGUGCCCAGCUCA